AUGUCUAGACAAAAGACUACACCCGAAGACAUCGAAGCUGCAGCCACCAUGCUGACAUUGCGUCAGCCGGUGGUCUUCGCCAACAGCAACCAAGACCCUGGCAACUACAACGAGCGUACCGACGCACGCGCGAGGGCCGUAUCUACACUGUCUGCGGCAGACUCACAGGCGACAGUGUCGGCCGCGGAGACGAUUUCGCGCGAACCGACACCGACACCGCCAGCUAGGCGCAUUAACACUGCGGGUGCUACGGCAUAG